AUCUUCAGAUUGAAAUAUAUUGAGGCAUGCACUUUCGCGUCUGAAUGCUAUCUAGCAUCCAAACCGUUUGCUUGGCUUCGAUGGUUAGUGAAACCUUGUUGACCCAGGGUGUCUUGCAUAUUGCUUUCAAGUAAUGCAAAUUUACUGUUAGAAUUUGAUAAAGUUGUUUUCAUAUUGAUUGUUGCAUUACGGAACACUUCUUUCAUAUCGGAGCCAGGCAUGACAAGGACAUGCUGACGACAGUCCGAGGCUGGGUGUCCAAGCGAAAGAGGCGCUACAAGGAGAAUGGCUACAAUCUGGACUUGGCCUACAUUAUGGACAAUAUCAUCGCCAUGGGCGCACCGAGCCAAGGCACAACAGGACUGUACCGCAACCCAAUGGCCAAGGUACAGAAGUUCCUGUGUGAGCGCCACGGAGCCGGGGGUUACUGCGUGUACAAUCUCUGCUCUGAAGAGGCCUAUGCUUACAAGCCUCACAAGUUUGAGAAAGUGGCAAACUUUCCCUUUGACGACCACCAGGUGCCGCCGCUCAGCCUAAUUCAGGCCUUCUGUGAGCAUGUGCACAAAUUCCUGGCAGAGCAUCCCGGCGGCGUUGCAGCAAUCCAUUGCAAGGCUGGAAAAGGCCGCACAGGCAUCAUGAUCACCUGCUAUCUGAUAUACUCGGGUCAGUUUCAGGACCCGCGGCAGGCUCUGGAUUUCUACGCUGAGCGGCGGACCUAUGAUGGCAAGGGAAUCACCAAUGCCAGCCAGGAGAGGUAUGUUGAGUACUAUGCGAGGGCGCUGAGGGCGUGGCCGGAGAGGAGAGUGGUGGUGCUGCAGUCUGUGCGCAUGAGCGGCCUCAAUUGGAUCACCGGGAAGAACCGGGGGGUACUUGUUCUGCGCUGUCGGCCGAGCG